AUGUGGUCAUUUCAGCAAUCCUUUGGACUCAAGAAGUCGUCUCAGGCCUACGUUCCUGUUGGAGGCUACGAUUCUGAGUUGUCCAAGGACGUUGAGAUUGAAUCCCCGACUUCAUCGACUGGGUUUGACACCAAGGCUGUCCUGCUGUUGUGGCCGAAGACUAACAACAAAUCACGCAGGCUGUUGAUGGGCGAAAGACGCGGCGCGAACAUUUUCGAAGUGCUGAUAGUGCUCCUGCUCGGACUCUUCAUCGGAAUAUCAGGCACUUGCCUGACAUUGAAAGUUGUCUCGACGGGUGAAACUCAAGUCCCUAGCCUACAGCCAUUGCAGUUUCCAGGUGUCCCCGAUGAUGUGACCACAAACACAAUCGAAAAGGUGUUCAACCCGGAUCUGCUCUUCGAUCCUUUUAGAGAAGAUCAGCCGGCGGAGAAGGCAUGGUACAAGUACAGGUCGCGCUUCGUUUUCGUCGAAAACCCUCGCUCUUAUGGCCUUUCACCAUCAGCCGUGGACAAAGGUCACCCAAAUCGCGAAUUGUACUCGGUUGCCGGUUUCCAUCAGCUCCAUUGCCUAGGAGUCAUUCGGUAUGCCUGGAAUACGGUGCUGAAUGAAGGCAACCGGACACUUGACAAUAGGUAUCCUGGAAUGGAGGACGGUCCGGACGAGGAGAGUUACACGAUCGGGAAACAUUUCUCCCACUGCAUAGAGAUCAUCCGCCAUGCACUCGAGUGUUACGCGGAUCCCACGCUGGAACCGCUGUUUACCGAUACUGGCGACCACAGCGCCAUUCUAGCGAGCGGUUGGGGCACAAAACACACCUGCAGGAACUUUGAGACCCUGACCGAGUGGGUGGAUAGUAACCCAGCUUCGGGGCGGAGAUAG